AUGUUGUUCAAGAUGCAUCCGCCAGUAAUACUGUGCACAGCAGCUUUCUUCAUUCUCUCCCUUCUUUGUUCCCCUGCUUCCCCACAACAGCCCGCCGGUGAUCAGAGCAACUCAAAGCUCAUAAAGCUUGCCAUAUACUGGCCAACCUCGCUCUGCAACGGCAAAACCAAGUGCAAGUACAACACUCCUCCCGAUCGAUUCUCGAUCCAUGGCCCCUGGCCCCUUUACCGCGACCCUCCCGGCCCCGACACCAUUGACUGGGACACUUUUCCGAAUGACACAGAGGAAAAGAUGAAGGUUGACUGGGCAAGCUACGGCACCACCACGAAUAGAGAGUUUUGGAACCACGAGUGGAAGGACCAUGGGAGGAUCUCGGGGCUGUUACCGCCAGCGUACUUCAACCUGGGACUCGAUCUCUUCUACAGAGUGGGUCUGGGAAAUCAUCUGAGGGCGGAGGGAAUGUACCCGGCUGGGCAGACCGUGGACAAUAAAGUUUUCUCGACGGCGGUUUCGAAGGUGGCAGACGGGAAGAGAUUGAUACUGUUGUGCAACAAGGACAGGGCGGGAGUGGUGCAGCUGUACGAGAUCGAUAUCUGCGUUGACCAUGCCACGGCGGCGCAUGACUAUGCGGAUUGUCCCCAGCCAACUCCGGGCUUGAAGUCUCUCUGCCCCGACAGCUUCCGGCUGACUGAAGCUACUGUUACUGUUCAAUUUACGGGCUCUGAUUCUCCGGUCCAUGAUGAAUUUUGA